AUGGACAUAUCUGAGACUUGGAUACAAAAGUAUUUAUAUCCUUCUCCCAAUAAACGCAAGAUCCGGUUUCGGGUUCUAGGUCGCUUGGAACUGCUCCCCGAAAAAAUCAGGAAACUUAUUGAAAAGUUGACCGAGAAGACUGCGGAUUUUGACGAGGGAACGUUCAACGUCUGUUUCCCCUAUACUUCUCGCGAUGAAAUAGCAAGAGCGAUUGAAAUGACGGUGCGAAACCAUAACGACUCACCAGAAAACGUGGAAAAUAUCACAGCUGAGGCAAUUGAUAGCAACAUGGAUAUUUGCAAUGAUCCCCCUUUGGAUGUGUUAAUCCGGACGUCUGGUGUCUGCCGGUUAAGUGACUUUCUACUCUGGCAGUGCCAUAGAGAUACCGUUAUUGAAGUUCUGAACAUACAUUGGCCAGAGUUUAGGUACUGGCAUCUGUUUCUGGCAGUACUUGGUUGGCAGAGGAAGAAGAUGGCGACAGUGGAUUUGUAUGCAGGAGCAACAGGGGAGCCGAGGGAUUUAUGGGACUCGAUAUCAAACCAUCACUUCAAGUGGCUCAUGUCCAUCAUCCUUCUUCUCGUCCCAGCGGCAUGGGGCUAUCAUAUGGCAUUCUAUCCAAAGUAG